UUAGUGAGUUUCAAAUACUUUGUGAGAAAAAAUUGGACCAAUAGCAUUUUAUUGCGAGAAAGACCAAGACAAACAACUUUAUAGUUGCAUACUAGAAAGAAACACAAAAACAUUAUUAUGUAAACAAAAAUUAAACAUUGUGGUGACAGGCAAACACAUUUAGUGUUGAAUGUCAAAAAAUCAGAACGUCAUCCGCUAUCUUUUUAUUAGAUGUUUAGCUUUGGCUUGGCCGCUGGUUGUGACAAUUAUAUUAUUAUACUCAUACUUGAGUACAGUAUUUACAUUAAAUACAAGUACUUAAAAUGACGCUUUAUCAUUUUGGAAAUUGUCUAGCAUUAGUUUAUGCACCAUAUCAUAUGGCAUACAAAUUCUCGGGAAUAUCUGAAUAUGCUACAUUCUCAAAAUGUGUACAUGCCGGAGGUCUUUACAUCUUUACUCAGCUCUGUAAGAUGCUGUUGCUAGCUACAUUCUUUCCUGAUACUGACAGCAGCCACAUAACUGGAGAAUAUAAUGUGUUUUUGGAAAUCCUGAAAGCAACAGUGGACUUUGCAGACUUGUUGGGGAUAUACUUUGCUCUGAACUCAGUGCCAGGCAAAGGUCAUGCAAAAAUACUGACAUCAGCUAUUGGGUGGGCAAGUGCAGAGGUGGUCGUGACGCGCAGUGUGUUGCUGUGGGUGGGAGCGCGGGGCUCGGAGUUCGACUGGCGCUACGUGCGCUCGUGCGCGGAGUCCAACGUGUCGCUGCUACACACGGCGGCCACUGCGGCGCUAGUAUGGCUGUGGACGCGUAGUGACCUGCCUCGCAAGCAUUCCCCCAUCGUCAUCACUCUGCUUGCCCUGUCUCCAUACAGAGGCCUUAUCGAAGAAGCUUUAGGCAGCAUCCUCUCCCUCAGCGCUUGGGCCUUGUUAGCACUGAGAGCUAUCCAUGCUAGUGCAGUUGGUUUGACAGCUUUGGGGAUGUAUGCUGUCCUAGCUCAACAGAUUGGAAUUUAAUUUAAAUCAUUAUUUAUUUAUAUGUGUAGAUGUGUUCUAAGUUAUUCCUUAUGUAAUUGUUAUUCCAAAAUGAUUGAUUGAAUAAAAUAAGUAUAACAUAAGUAACUUUAAAUUAUUUCUUAAGCUUGGUUUCAAAUCAAAUAUCCUGGCAUCAGAGGAAAAAAUAAUUACCACUAGAUACAUCAAUACACAAAUUAUUAUUGUAAGGUCCUACCCUUUUUUUGUUAUUCCACUUUAUACUAAUUGUAUGUGUUGUAUUUUCGUUCUUUACUUUCUCAACUUAUCUGAAAUGCAUACUUAACUUUUUUCAAGAAGUUUUUGUUUAUUAUAGUAACAGUAUAUUCUUUCAAGAAGGACAUCCAAACUAAUAUUAUAAAUGGAAAGUAACUCUGUC